AUGACAAGGGAACCACGUUCUCAAUCACACGGGAACCACGCCCUCAAUCACACGGGAACCACGUCCUCAAUCACACGGCACCCACGUCCUCAAUCACAAGGGAACCACGCCCUCAAUCACACGGCAACUACGUUCUCAAUGACACGCGAACAACGCCCUCAAUCACAAGGGGAACCACGUCCCCAAUCACACGGCAACCACGUCCUCAAUGACAAGGGAACCACGCCCUCAAUCACAAGGGGAACCACGUCCUCAAUCACAAGGGAACCACGUCCUCAAUCACAAGGGGAACCACGUCCUCAAUCACACGGUAACCACGUCCUCAAUCACACGGGAACGACGUCCUCAACCACAAGGGGAACCACGCCCUCAAUCACAAGGGAACCACGCCCUCAAUCACAUGGUAACCACGUCCUCAAUCACACGGCAACCACGUCAUCAAUCACACGGGAACCACGCCCUCAAUCACAAGGGAACCACCUCCUCAAUCACACCAGAACAACGUCCUCAAUCAUACGGGAACCACAUCCUCAAUCACACGGAAACCACGUCCUCAAUCUCACGGGAACCACGCCCUCAAUCACACGGGAACCACAUCCUCAAUCACACGGAAACCACGUCCUCAAUAACACGGGAACCACGUCCUCAAUCACACGGGAACCACGUCGUCAAUCACAAGGGAACCACGUCCUCAAUCGCAUGGGAACCACGUCUUCAAUCACUCAUGAACCACGCACUCAAUCACAAGGGGAACCAUGUCCUCAAUCACACGGGAACCACGUCCUCAAUCACGAAGGAACCACGUCCUCAAUCACGAGGAAACCACGUCCUCAAUCACGAGGGAACCACGUCCUCAAUCACACGGGAAGCACGUCUUCAAUCACAAGUGGAACCACGUCCGCAAUCAAACGGGAACCACGUUCUCAAUCAAACGGGAACCACGUCCUCAAUCACAUGGGAACCACGUCCUCAAUCACACGGGAACCACGUCCCCAAUCACAAGGGGACCACGUCCUCAAUCACACGGGAACCACGUCCCCAAUCACAAGGGGAACCACGUCCUCAAUCACACGGGAACAACGUCCUCAAUAA